AUGCAGUCGAAUCUGAGGGCUCAGGCUGAACUCCAGGCCCAGAGGAAGAAGCUCGCAAACUCGUACAAGCAGCUUCUCGAUGAAUUCAAUGCGACAGACCUCAAGACGGUGGGGAACUACACCCUGGGGAGGCUCAUUGGAAAGGGCAGCUUCGGCAAGGUCUAUCUGGCGACCCACAAGCUCACCAACGGCUCCAAGGUAGUCCUUAAGUCCGCGAAGAAGGAUGACGCGAACCUGGCCCGCGAGAUCCAUCACCAUCGCCAAUUUCUCCAUCCACAUAUUGCAAGGCUGUACGAGGUUAUAGUCACCGAGUCGCUGGUAUGGCUGGUUCUAGAGUACUGCCAAGGCGACGAGCUCUACAACUACCUCCUCGAAAAGGGCCCCAUAGAACCCGCCAAAGCGCAGAAGAUAUUCACCCAGCUCGUCGGCGCCGUCUCCUAUGUCCACAACAAGUCCUGCGUCCACCGUGACCUCAAGCUCGAGAACAUCCUCCUGGACAAGUACGAGAAUGUCAAGCUAGUCGAUUUUGGCUUCACGCGUGAGUAUGAGGGGAAAUCAAGCUAUCUCCAGACAUGGUGCGGCACCGUGUGCUAUAGUGCGCCGGAGAUGUUGAAGGGGGAGAAGUAUGCGGGUGAGAAGGUGGAUGUGUGGAGUCUGGGGAUCAUUCUUUAUGCGCUGUUAGCCGGCGAGUUGCCUUUCGAUGAUGACGAUGAGACAGUCACGAAAAUGAAGAUUCUGAAGGAGGAGCCAAUGUUUCCGAGCACAUUCCCGCCGCAGGCGAAGGAGUUGGUUCAGGUAUUACUCUCGAAGCGGCCGCUUUUGCGGCCCUCGCUCGCAGAUAUACUGCAGAACCCGUGGUUGGCGGAGCAUGCUCCGCGCCAGCAAGAGAUUUUGAAAUUGCAGCAGCCUGCGCCUUUUACCACGGAUCUAGAAAAGGAGGUUCUGCAACGGAUGCGCGCAGCGGGUGUGGAUAUUGACAUGGUCAUUGAAAACGUCCUCGCGCAGCGUUGUGAUUCACUCGCAGGCUGGUGGGCUCUGCUAUCAGAGAAGGAGGAGCGUAAAGCUAGAAGACGGGAGCGUAAACGGAAAGAACGAGAGGCUGAAGCUAAGAGCUUGAGGCGACUAAGUGCUGCUAGUGGCCGUCUAGACAAACUUGCGCCGACUAUUAAAGAGACUGAUGAGGAGGGGCUGCACUCCCCGUUGCUUGGAGAUCCGCCAAAGAGUCGCGGCCGGGCUCUGAAUCGAACGAGCGUUCAUGGAACUCCAGCAGAUCUCCCGCGAUUGCCUGAAUCACAUAUCGAUCGAGAUUCAGAAGAACCACCUCCGCCUAUUGAAAAAGAUCACAUCCGCAACUCAGAUUCGUCAUCUCGUCCUCCCCCACCUCCCAAAGAGCUAGGAAAUAGGAGAUCAAGGAGUAGCAUGCUACAGGUUGUAUCCACCAAUCCCGAUCUCCUCCACCCCAACGGCUUUGUGCCCAAACGCCGCCGAAAGUACCAACAACCCUUCAUUAACCAUCUUGCUUCACUCAGGAACUGGAUAAAAGAGACGUCGAAAAGAGCACGCUCACCCGGCUCAAAGGCCAGCAGCGGAAAAUCGCCCACCGUACCUCCGAGCAAAUCGCCCGACUUAAGAAGACGCUUAAGCAACGCUAAUCGCGAUUCCAGCGUUCACGCACACCCAAAUCUCACGCCUUCAACGCACUUCCAAGCACGGCCGCGAGUCUCGACAGCGGGGAGCGGGAAACGACCUUCUGUAUCUCCAUCACCACUAACACCACGUUCAUCGUACCGUCGGUCUUCCGGGGGUCUACGAGGCAGAAAAUCUACUUCGUCUUCUAUUUCUUCAAUCCGAUCUAUGCCGCAUCACCACCACUCACAUUCCAAAGCGUCCUCCACGUCCUCUGCAUCGCUCGCCUCCCCCGCCGUCUCGACCUCAGGGCAUAAAGCCAAAUCCCCCCACUCCUCCGUCAAAGUCCUGCCUGCAACCCCGACAAACUCCACCUUCCCAUCCAACAUCCGCGUGGUCCGUGCGCCCCUCAGCGAAGGUGGUGCAGCGUUCGGUACAGCGCCACCCCCGUCUCCUGGCCUGAUAUUCGCCAAACGGAAACGUAGUCCGUUUAAAGGACCGAUGCUGAAUCUCAAUAUUCACAGUAGUCCGCGCGAUGCACGUGGUCCGAGAAGUGAGGGAAAUUCGAGAAGUGGGAGUGUGCAGGGUAGGAGGAGUGGAGAGAUUAUGGGGAUUGAGGAGGAGGAUGAGGAUGAGUUUGAGGAGGUGGAUGAGUUUUCGCCGGUUAUGGGGAAGGGAGAAGUUGUAGUUAUGGAGGAGAAGGCGGGACCAUUGCCGCCGAUGAAGGAGGAUGGGUGA